AUGGACAAGGUUCAGCACGUAAGUGAUUCAGGACCCAGUAGGAAAUCCACAGUUUAGAAAUGCGCGGGUCAUUACUGAGAAUGGGUUUCGCCGGUCUCGUCCUCGCAGGUAUUGUUGGGGCUGUCUUGGGUAUGCCGCUCCCAAGAAAUACAGUGUGGUCUGGGGCUUAGUUUCAGGACGGGCCGGUUAUAUAUUUCAGAGUUAUCGCAGGAUUGAUCGAUGAAUGUCACUUCCAAAUCGCUGAGUUCAAGGAAACAGAGUGCUCAUCAGGAAAUCGGCAGUUUACUCGUGAGUUUUUGGGUUGUCAACAGCAAUUAUCAUCAUCAGGCGAAGUGACUGGGAACGUGGUUCGCCCGUCAGGAAAUUCAGGGCAGGCAGACCAUGGUCGAAUGACUGUGUAUUUGUUGAAUCGCAUUACUUAUGCCAGCCGUUAUCUUUUUUCCCAACGACAUGCUCACUGACACAUCUCCGGCCUCUGUGCCUACCAACAGGUCAUCGCCACAAUCGAGGCCCGCGCCAAAACUGCCGAUAUUUUUCCCUCCACCACCACCGCCGCCUCCAGAGAGGCGCACAGAAUGGGUCCUCGGAGCCUCCUACGUGGCAGUGCAGGAGACGUCCACGUUGGCAGCCGUACAACGACUGAUGACCGGGCAGACUUUCUGGCUAGUCCCUUCUACGACCUCCUCUUCGCCUUCUACGUGCAUCGCUCCCGGUUCCGCUCCGCUGCCGAAGUCUGCUUUGAACAAGCCCUCCGACUUGCCGAAGAGAUUAGCGACCGUGGCAUUGCUGAUACAGGCAAACGCGGUCAAUUAGGCGGUGCCAGGGUGCUGGCAUUGUUACAGCAGCAGGCGCUUUGCCUGUCCAAUACAGUCAACCUACUGCAACUGGUCCCGCCUGAGGACCAGUGGCUCAUCCAGCCCGCUUCAAUUGCCGGUUUUAUUCAGGCAGAUGAGGAGGAGGAAGAAGCGGAGGAGGUAGGAACCUUUGGUGUGGUUGUAUGUCCGCCUACGUAUUCACAUUUGCUGCUAGCACAUGUUCAAAGCGAGCCAGACUCGGUCCUUCGGAGUCUGCAGUCCUGGCUGCUCGCACUCAUGUAUCUGUGGGCGGCUUUUCCCUACAAAUACUCCGGACGAGUGACUCCACGGCCUUUUUUUGUGGGGCGGGGUCGUUAGGACGAUGUUUGGCCGCCUCGUCUGUAAUCUUUGGUAUAUGCUUGAAAAACCUCAUGUAGGUAGAUCUCAGAGGUCACACUUUUUGACCUCCACUUAGAAUAGCACUCCUUAUCGGCCGGAUCUGUCUUCUCCAGGUUCCAGUCAGGCGGUACUUUUUAACUUGUAUUGCUCAUAAGAAAUAAUGACCCCAUUCCCUCAGGCGCGUCGUCCCCGUAGUUACUUGCGUUAUUGAGUUCGUUGUGUGUAAAUGUGAAAUUUAACUUUCAUUUUCCAGGCACAAUUUGACCAGAACAGUGUAGGGCUGAAACGAUUGAAAUUUACGUCCGUAGGCAGGUGAUUAAGAGAGAUGAUCUAAUGAUGGCACCAGCGGAUCUUGGUAGUUUACACGUCAACCUCCGAUCGAUAGUCCGUCGUGCUGGUUAGGCGUAGAGAUGGGCUUGGUUUUCCCAGUGGCUUUCAGCCAGUUCUUUUGCAAACAUCAAAUCUGAAAAGCCGCAUUUUGUUAGUUGAAAGACUUUUCAUUGCCUGGUUCCUCCUUUACCUCACCGUUCUUUGUUUUGUGGUCGACGAUCGACUCGCGCUGUUUUUUUAGGUGAAUUUCCCGGCCACUGAGAACGAGGAAGGAGACAGCAGCAUCUUCGACGACUGGGCAUUUGAGCCGGAGAUGGGCGCAGUAGAAGAAGAAGAAGAAGUUGAGGGCUAUGUCGACGCCAUAGGUAAUGGAGCCAAGGGCGACGCGCCCGGCAGUGUCUCUGACUGCGUGUUAGCGCGUCAGGCGAAAGGCAGGCGCAUCCUCACUCUGGCCGACAUUCAACGCCAGUAUGUCUUCCUGCGGGCCCGCCUUCGACUGGCACAGGUCUCCUGGGAGCAGGGCAUGCUGCGCGUUGGCUCCACCUCUCUUGCGGAGCUCUAUCAAGCUCUCACCAGUUCUGGCCUCUUCCACGUACGUUCUCCCUCCCCCCUCCCCCGCUUCUCAGCCUCCACAGCCCCCCCCCCUUAUACUUGCGCCUUUUUUUAUUUGCUCUCUGUAGGAGGCUUUUCGUCUGAUGAGCUCCUUCAGCCUUGACCCGAAAGUCCUAGUUAGUGCGGUAGCAAGCCGCUGUGCUACUCUGGCUCAGCAUAAACUGGCCGCCAAUAAAGCGUCGGUGUUGCUUGGCAACGACGCGCUGCCAUCCAGUCUACCGGCGUUGGCUAGCUCGACGUCGCCGCUGGCAUUGGAGCAGUGUCUCGUGCUGCAGUCAUUAACGGCGCUUAUCGACGCAUUUCCCGAGCAGGCGGAGGCAACUGCGGAGACUGCUGACGAGAAUUGGACCGGCGGCCAUACACUUUCCAGGUUAAACUUCUUGAUUUUCAUUCAGACCUCCUACCUUCAUUCGGGGCAGCUGAGCUAUUUUACUUACCCAUGCCAGGUGCAGUCAAGAAGUUGGAAUGGACUGAUCCAACCUUAGAUUCUCUAUGGUGGGUUUCUUCGGUCCUAAUGACUGAGUUGGAAUCCAGUCUUUAUUGAGCCAGUGCGCACAGGCAGCUAAUAGCGAACUCCCAUGGCAAUCUCAGGAUGGAGGCGGUUGCUGGUCGAAUGUUUCGCGUAGUGUGUAUAUGUGUGGUCUGCACAGCUCAUUGUCCCCAGAACGAGUCAGUCUGGCUCACGGCACGCGUUUAUCGGGCUGUGCAGAUUCCCCGCAAGAUAACGCCUACUACCGUGCAUGCGUGUGGCCGCACGUCUUGACGUACAGUUAAUGUGCUAUCACAUGAAAUUUUAACAGAAAUUGUGAACUGCGUCUUCCGUUCGAAAAGAUUACUUAAGUAGGAUUGUAAUACUAAUUAGACUGCAGGUCACCAAACCUUGAAACAAGUAAGGCGAUAUCAUCGGCAUAGUCGAGAUGUCACGGGUGAACGAGGUCGCUGGGAAGACCAAAGUGUUUUCAAGCUGCAUCCCUGACCAGGAGAAGGCACAUCUCGGGAUUGAUGGCUGUCAACUUGAAGAAGUAGACAGUUUUAAAUACCCUGGGGCGAGGCUGCUGCCUAAUGGACAGAGUAAGGACGACAUUGUCUCCCGAAUCGAUGCUGCCCGCUGGGUUUUUUCAAGCCUUCGGAAAUGCCUGUGGAACCGACGUGACCUCUCCAUCGCUACAAAAAGUCGCGUGUACCGUGCAUUUGUCCGGUCUGUCCUUCUCUACGGUUGUGAAUGCUGGGCUUUGCGCGUGGAGGACGAGCGAAAGCUGGAGGUAUUUGACCACCACUUCUUGAGGACCAUCCUUCGAGUGAAGUUCACCGACUUCGUCUCAAAUGAGACAGUCCACGCUCGCUACGACAACAUCGCAAGGCUAACUCAGGCCAUCCGAGAAAGACGACUGAAGUGGUUCGGGUAUGUUUUUCGUCGUCCACCUCAUUAGCUCAGUGUUACUGCCCUCGAUCCGGCACCGCUACCCCAUUGGAGGCAUCGAAGAGGCGGUCAGUUCAAAACCUGGCUCGACACAGUUCGUCAAGACAUGGAGGUUGUUCUUGGACCUUCGGUAUUUGGUCUCCGUCGUUGACGAAGGGGAUGGGUUGAGCUGUCCAGAUCUGCUGCCGCGGGUCGUCACGUGUGGAGAGGUACAGUUCGGGACAUCAUCGAGGCCGGCUAGAUCAGGCAUGAUCGCAGCUGUAUCAAGUACAAGUAGUACAUUAAUUCAAAUGGGUUCCGUAAGCUAUGUAGCGCAAUUCUGUAUCGAGUCGGCCUAAACUCUUCUGCCAGUCACUUUGCAAUUGCAUGAUAGGGUGGAUUACUCAGGUUUUAUAUCGGUUCGCAUCGGAGGGUCUGGUUUAUGAAUCUUUGACAAGCCACAUAUCCUAUGGGUCUUGCUCCUUGGGUUUUAAGAGCCUCGGAUUCUUGUUCACUAAGAAACUCUCUCUCUCUCUCUCUUCCAGUUUCUUAAGCCACUUUGUAUGUUGGACCUCUAUGCUUUCGGCUUGGUCUUUGUUUUGCGUCGCUCUUUUGAGCUGAGUGUCACCGGCCAGGAUUGGUCCCAUUUUUUGAAAGUAAACACCUUUAUUCAUUAGAGCGAAACCGGAACCUUUGUCCUGUUUGGUGACGAAUAUUUCCUUGUUUUGACAUAAUUCCUUGCGCUUCUCUAGAUGUUCUUUGGUAAUAUGCCCGAUUCUUGGUAGCUUUUUUUAAAGUAUUCGUAGCAACUAUUCUUAUCCUACUUAAGCAUCGUAGACGUUUCCCAUUUAUUUCCCAGGCCCUUGCAAGUUCAAAUAUAUUUUAUGGAAAACAUGCACAAAAAUAUGCUUUCUUCUACUCAUUUGGCAGCAAAUUACGUCUUCAGAUUUUGUACUUGAAGAGAAAGUACCUCUUGGUUUUCUAAUUAUGUGAUUUCUUAAGACCUUGAAAUGCCCGAAAACACAGCACCGCAUCAUCACAUUUAUUCAUGUCGUUUAUAACGUAGUCCACAUUCAUAUCAAGAAUUGAUUAACCCUGUUUGUCUUCUUCAUAACAACGCAUAGAAAUGUAUGGUUGUCCUUGCACGAGAAGUAUACAACUUGUGGUUCGACGACUCUGAAUGCAAGUGCAGCGGCAGGUGGGACAAAGAUUUGGCGAGGGGUGGUUCUGCAGCCCCACUUGAUUGAUACCGUAUGGUUAGUCUACUAAAAAAAACUUUAGUUAACAUCCNAUGGCCACUGCGGUUGAACCGACGGAGUUCCGCACCGUUGGAACAAUUCCAUUAUAUCUGGGUUAUUGUUGGGGUUCGCACACGAGUAUAUUUUACCCUUUCUGGAAUUAUGCGCAGGUCUACCGUUAUGACUUGGGCGGGGCUUACCUAUUCCCAUGUCCUGUUUAGGGGCCCACAAAGUCAGUCCUACCGGUUCUGUUUUACUGUGGCCCUCUUGGCACCCACACGCACCUAAAAUCCGAGCCACCCCCACAGUAGUCUGGCACGUUUGCGGUGGGGACCAGAUCGUGCGUGGCAGGUAUAUAUGGGCUGUUUAACUUUUCCAACCUUUUUGGUCCGCACUCACUUCGUCUCACCUUAACACCAUCUUGCCAUCGAAUCAAAGUGGAUAGAGGAGGAGAGAGUUCGGCAGAUGCGACGCAGGUUUGCCUCAUUGCCAUUUACUUCACGCGCAGGCCACCAGUGCUGCGCCCACUCCGUGGGGUGCGCAGCGAAGCUUGUCGCUCGUGACGGUGAUCAAAUCAUCGUUGGUGCGCGUAGUCAAAACGGCCGUCAAGUGUGCGCUGUUGAACCAGUCUUCGGGUGGCCUCGUGGCAGGUGGCCGACGCAUGCAUCUGCCGUUGUGCGUGGGCAGGGGAGUUGAAGUAGCAUGACAACUACAGUGCGCCUGCGCAAUUUGUAGCUUCAUGGGUUUGCGCCGCCGCUUAACACACGCGCACGCGCUUAUUCAGCUGGAAAUCUAUUAAACUAUGACAUUCGGACGGGGUCGCCUUUGUCAUUACCACGCUCUCAGUGUAGGCCAACUCCUAGCAGGCUGGCCGGCUACUUGUUUGCAACUUGUGCCGUUUCCCUGUCUAGUGAUCUUCUCACACUGUACUGGGGUCUUCUGAGAAUUCUCCUGACCAACCUGGACGGUGCGGCUGCAAGACGCAAAGGCGUUGGCGCCGUCUGGGACCUAGCACUGACGGCCUUGCGCAUCCUUCUCGCCUCGGAACCGCAGCCCGUGCAGAUUCCCGGUUGGCUGACUCAACUGCUCCUCCGUGACCCCUUCACGGCGUCAGGAAAGGCCGUGACCACCACCGCGUCGGACACUCGUCCUCUGCCCUCCGCUGUGACACCGUACUUACGUCUGCUGUUGAAGUUUGGCCGACUGCAAGAGGCCUACAGGCUCUCCUGUGACAUCCUCGCCUCCGCUUUGGGGCCCGAGGCGGUGCCCCUCUUCUCCUCGGUCAAGACAGUAAGUUGUUUGGCCUCUUCGUACGUAAUGCAGACUUUCAUGGUCUUGCCUCCCCGAACUCCUCUCUCGCCUCUCCAGUUGUUUUAGGUAGGGCUUGAAAUUCUGACACAUGUUCAUGCGAGAAAUGAGACUGUUGUGGUUGGCUAAUCUAGUUCAGUAUGCACUCGACCUUCUCCGAAGUCAGCGCAAGUUCGAUUGUUGUUAGGGGAUCCCUGUGUGGUUCAAGUAUGGUCGCUAAGACACAUGACUCCUUUCGCUCGUUAAUGCCGAUCAGUCUCUUUUGGCACCGCCUCAACUGGACUGGACGUGGGAAAACUAAGACCCCAACAGAGUAGCCGAGCACACUGGCUGUGGUCCAGAUAUCAAUACUGACUUCAUUGUGCUUGGUACAAGGCCACCUUCCGCUGUCUCGGAAUUUUAGUGACACUGGUUUACGGUUGUGAGGUUUGGAGGUCAAAUGUUCGAUAGGAUGGGUAAAACCUCGGUGCGGGAGAGGCUAAGGCACACCAAGGAGCAUCAAUACCCGCGAAACGACUAUGCCUGGCUUUUCACAUAAAAUUGCGGAUAUACGCACUUGUUGAACAACCGAUGUAGUGUAUAUAUGUUAUAUUUUCUGGUACUAGAAUUCUGCUAUUUUGUCCGGUGUCGACCGCCUUAUUCAUGUUGCGCCUCCUACGUUGAACGCAACUGAUCAGUAAGGAUUCCGUGGAGGAGCGAUGAGGUUGCAGCUGUUUGCGUAGACGAUCCUCCCCAGCAUGUUCCGUAUUGUCCUCACCUCAGCAUCCGUCCAACUCUCUCUUCCGCGCUUGCUUUCCUACUUUUGUGUCUGCAGGCACAAUCGCUCCUUCAAUAGGUGACCUAGCUGAUGAAAGGUGUCCAAAUCUGCGAGUGAUUGCUAAUCACCCUCAAACCGGCGCAAAUACAUGGACCCAAUAUUUAUAUUAAUAAAGAACAACUUUAAGGGAAUUGAAAACAUAAAAUAAGUAUUAAAGUUGGUAUUGCGUUGUUCAGAAAUAUUAUUUUUUUAGAAAAGAAAAAAAUUCGGAAACGGCAAAAAAUGGUCGUGAGUAAACUUCAGUUUUAGGUUUACGGAGGCCUUAUCCAUGCAAAAGAUCGACUAAAUAAACCAGUACAAAUAGAGUAACGUUAACCAAUAGUCUUUUAGUGAAGUUUAAAAUCAAAUAUCCUUUAAGAAUUCGUGUAAUGUCAGGUAUGGCGGUUCGCCAACCACCUUCAUUCUGAGUUUAGACUCCAAAUCGACCGCCCAUAAAGGCAGAUUCCGUAUUAUAUGUUUGUUAAAGCCUUCAAAAUAUGAUAUUUCUCGAAGACAUUAACCAAAGUAGUGAGUGUUUGCGUGUUUUUUUAUGUAGAUGGUCGUUUGGGUUACAUUUGAAGGCACACUAACGUUAAGCCUCAUUUUCGAAAUAAAAUGAACGUCCACAACGAAAAUCAACAACAAAUAUGCGUUUGAUCAAUUGGAAAUCUUCAUCCAAUAAACCAAGAAAAAUACUGCUACUUUUGGUUGUUUCUUCCAAGUUGUUAAAAAAUACUGCAAGUGUUUAUGCCGCAACUGAAGGAACAUUUUUGCUACUUUUGCUCGCUUGUGGGCUCCGUUCUACUAUUAUAAAUACUGGUAUUUUGCUAAAACCGUUAAUAUUAACCUCGUUCCAUUUCUAAAUUACGUAUGUGCAGAAACUAGGCUGCACGAAAAGUAACGUUCCACAUCCGCGGAAUUGAAAACUAAAAUUGGAUGAUAGUCUUUUUGAUCUCAUCUCGUGAUAUUUUCCAAAUGGCGAAAAACUUUCUGUCCAUUUAGACCAGGGUUUGCCUGUUUGCGUUAUUACUGCACUUGAUGGCACGACGUUGCACAGAUUUGCGUCCAGUUUUCUAAAAAAAAAACCGAUCGCCAUGAUCAGCAUUAAACGAGAAAUCUAUUUUACAAGUGCGGUAAGCCCUGUUUAGUUGAACUUUCAAGGGUAAAUUACUCUUCUCUUAAAGAAAAACACGCUCAGAUGUGGGAACGAAGUCCAGGACAGGUGUUAGCCUGGGGAGUUGCGCGAAUAUAUCUCAAUGUGCAUUAUCGCUCGAAUUUACGAAUGUUUUGCUUGGACACAUUUUCUGUACAAGAAUGACCACCUACUGGAAGGGGCUGGGCAAGUGAGAGAAAUGCACAACGUUUAAGAUGUCUAAAAACUCUCAUCUCAGUUUCCGUCAUCACGUUUUAUGCGUUAUGUCACGUACUGUACAUCAGAAUGUACCUAUGCCCAAUGCUGUUUCCUUGAUUGCUAUGCGUAUUCUUUGUUUACCUUGCAGACUAAUCUCAAUCAGCUGAAAAUCGACAUUCAGGCCUUCCCUCAUCGCGUUACCUCUGCGGCUUUCUGCCUACCUCACAGUCUCCUGCUUCACCUACUCGCAGAGCUUGACCGUGCAGCGAAAAAUUCGUCCGUCCAUACUGCGGUGCGUUACCCCUGCUUCGGUUUCUGUUUCCCCUUCGCCCCCUGUCUUCAUAAAUAA